CCCGGGCUCCCGCUGCAGCCGCCCGGGGACACGCCGUGCACCCUCCGGCUCGGGGCUCUCGCGGCGGCGGCGGCGGCAGCGUUAGCGGCGGCGGCGAGAGCGGCGUUCCCGGCGCUUCCUGGCCGCGCUUCUCCCUCGGGCUGGGCGAAGCGAAGAGGCAGCGGCGGCGGCAGGAGGCGGCGGCAGCGGCGGCACAUCGGUGUCUCUCCCGCUGGAGAUUUCUUUCUGCUUUCCUCGUCGACUGACUCACCCCCCUCCCUUUUUUGAGGAAGGGUGACCUCUUCUCUGGGACUGGAAAAAAUUCUUUUUUGAGGGGAGGGUGUGUGGGGGGGUGGGUGGCAGCGUCAGGGUCUGCUUCUUCUCUUCUUUGAUCUCCUCUCCUCCCCCCUCCAGGACCGAAAAGCGAGCCCCACAACUGCUCCAGCAUCCUCCUUCCCUUCCUCCACCUCCCUUCUCCUUCCACCUCUUCCAGUUUCGCCCUCUCCCCUCCCAAUUAUUUCAUUAUUAUGCUUCCCUCUCUGGGGGGUCUCGUCCCUCUCAGGUCGCUCGGAAGCCGUGGCCUCCCUUGGAAGCAUAUCUUAAAAAUUUUGGAGCCUGGGAGUGAGUUUUCUCUGAGGCGUGUGUGAGAGGCGGCGGGGGUGUUUUCCUGCGCGAGGGGCGGGUGAAGUUCAUUGCCCCCACUUUCCCGCGACCUUUUCGGACCCGGUUUCGAAUCGGGGGCCGGCGUUUUCGGGGGGCUGGGGGCGCGGCGGAGAAUGGCCGCGGGGAGGGUUCCCCGGAGCCUCCCAGUCUCUUGAUCAAAGCAUUCCGCUAUUCUGAUUUAUUGCCUGCUUGGUGAGUUAUUUUUUUUUUGCCUCUAAAGGAGACCUGUGUGUUCAGCCAUUACUUUGCUCGGCGCUGCUCACAGGAAUCUCCGACCCGCGGUGCUGUGGGGAGCCCCGCACUUGGGCUCCUCGCCUCUCGCCCUCGCUCCCGUCCCUCCUCCCUCUCUCCGCCCCUUCCCCCUUCUCUUUCUCCUCUCUUUCUUCCCCUCUCUCCCUUCUUUCGGCCGCCGUCUCCCCCGCGCCCUCCUCGGGGCGGAGGGAAGCCGAGGAGGGGGAGGGAGGGGUUGGUGUCAAUUUUUUUGUGUGGCCGCGGCCGGAGCCUGUGGCGGGCGGGCGGCGAGCGGGGAGACCCCGGCGCGGCAGAGCCAUGGAUGGCCCGACGCGGGGCCAUGGACUCCGCAAAAAGCGGCGGUCGCGGUCGCAGCGAGACCGGGAGAGGCGCUCCCGGGGCGGGCUGGGGGCCGGCGCGGCCGGCGGCGGCGGGGCCGGCCGGACCCGGGCGCCCUCGCUCGCCUCGUCGUCGGGCUCCGACAAGGAAGACAAUGGGAAGCCCCCGUCCUCCGCCCCGUCCCGGCCCAGACCCCCGCGGAGGAAGCGGAGAGAGUCCACCUCGGCCGAAGAGGACAUCAUUGAUGGAUUUGCCAUGACCAGCUUUGUCACUUUUGAAGCGCUGGAGAAAGAUGUAGCACUUAAGCCUCAGGAACGUGUGGAGAAACGCCAGACCCCUCUGACCAAGAAGAAACGAGAAGCACUUACUAACGGCCUGGCCUUUCAUUCUAAGAAGAGUAGACUCAGCCACCCACAUCAUUACAGCUCAGACCGAGAGAAUGACCGCAACCUCUGCCAGCACCUUGGGAAGAGGAAGAAGAUGCCGAAGGGACUCAGACAGCUGAAGCCAGGCCAGAACAGCUGCAGGGACAGUGACAGUGAAAGCGCCAGCGGAGAAUCCAAGGGCUUCCACAGGAGCAGCUCCCGGGAAAGGCUCAGUGAUAGUUCAGCUCCUUCCAGCUUGGGAACAGGCUACUUCUGUGACAGCGACAGUGACCAGGAAGAGAAGGUAAGAUCCCCCCGCCCCGCCCCACCAUUGUGGGCAGAGUCGCGCACCGUGGUUCUCGCACACGGUCACAGGGUGGUGGGAUACCAGCCUGCUAUUGACCGUACCUUUUCUGCAAAGACCAGCUUUAUUUACACAGCGAUGUUUCCUGUGAUAAGAAAUAAUGUAUUUAAUAUGUGAGGCCCACUUUUUUUAAACACACCCGUUAAUAUUGGAUAUAUCGUCAUCAGGUUUUCACUUUUACAGAUUUUAAAAGAGGAAAGCAUUUUAAUAGCCAUCUGAUUUUUGUUUUUGAAUCCUUGAUUAGAACAUUAAACUUGCUAGCCUGCA